AUGUCUGCUGCAGGAAGAGAGGCCGUAUUCCCUACCCGGCAAUCGCUGGGGUUGAUGAAGGGUAAACUGAAGGGUGCUCAAACCGGCCACGACCUGCUCAAGCGCAAGAGUGAGGCCCUGACCAAACGCUUCCGAGAAAUCACCCGCCGUAUCGACGAUGCAAAGCGCAAGAUGGGCAGAGUCAUGCAGAUUGCUGCCUUCUCCCUCGCCGAGGUCAGCUACGCCAUUGGAGGCGCUGGAAUCGGCUACCAGAUCCAGGAGUCUGUCCGCUCCGCAAAGUUCCGUGUCCGCACCCGCCAGGAGAACGUCAGUGGUGUCUUCUUGCCUCAAUUCGAGAGCUUCCAGACCGAGGGCAGCAGUGACUUUGGCCUGACUGGCCUGGGCAAGGGAGGUCAGCAAGUCCAACGCUGUAGGGAGACAUACGUCAGAGCAGUCGAGACUCUGGUCGAGCUUGCCAGUCUGCAGACUGCCUUUGUCAUUCUCGACGAUGUCAUCAAGGUCGUCAACCGCAGAGUCAAUGCCAUCGAGCACGUUAUCAUUCCCCGCACAGAAAACACGAUCAAAUACAUCAACUCGGAGCUGGACGAGCUGGACAGAGAGGAGUUCUUCAGAUUGAAGAAGGUGUCGGGCAAGAAGGAGAGAGACGCUCAAGCAGAGGAGGCCGAACGUCAAAAGGCCAAAAAGGCGGCCGAAGAGAAGGGCGUCGAUUCGCAGGCCGACCAUGGGCCCCAGGACAUCCUAGGUGGAGGAGAGGAUGAUGAAGAUGUCAUUUUCUGA